AUGGAUGAUAAAAAACAAGAAACUGAGCAGCCAUUGGAUAAUUGUGAUGAACAAUCGGCUGUAGUCCGCCCAACAAUAUUACCUAUAACAACACAUACUAGUAUCACUAUGCGUUAUUCUAACAUUGAUAGUAUACGUAUGAGUCCAUCACCAAUAGAUACAAAGCCACGUAUAUUUCAACAAGGUACAUUAUUCGAUCAAAAGACUUACGAACAAAUUUUAUCAAGUGUUGAUCGUCACGAUGAUAAUGAUGAUGAUGAUGAUGAUGAUGAUAAUACUAAUAAUGAUAGUGUAUUAAAUGAAGAAUUAUUCGAUGAAAAAGCUAUCAAUGAUGAACGAGAACAAGAAAUUCAAUAUCUAACUCAAGUUAUCCAAGCUAAUCAACCUAUGAAUGAUGAUUUAGUUGAUAUUAUGAUGCAAGAAUUUAAUGAUACCUUAGAAAUAACAAUAGAUGAUGAUGAUAAUCAAACGCAGAGUGAGUUACAAACAUCAUCAUCACACAUCAUUUCAACACAACAUCCAUAUCCACCUGUCAAUCAAACAGGUCUGGUAAAAGAUCAUGAUCGUCCUUAUGCUGAAUAUGGUCAUCUUAGUCGACAAGUCAUUGCAGAAGAAUGUAAUUUUGAUCUUCAACCACCAACCUCACAUAUUCCUCGAUUACAUGCAAAAACAUUUGCUAUUACUUCAAUGACUAAUGUAUCGAAAGAUCUUGUUAGGGAUGAAAUCAAACAAAAAUUUGGUAUUGAAAAUAUUCAAUAUAUUUGUAUUAGCGAAGAAAUCAGUGAAUUAAAUCAUCGACAACAUUUACAUAUACAAAUUAUCUUCAAAGAAAUAAUUGAUCGAAGAAAACCAUUUCUCGAUGAAAUAACUGGAACACGUUGUAACUAUCAAGUAACACGCAAUGAUGUUGCAUGGAAUGAAUAUAUAAAGAAAGGUGGAAAUUAUAUUGAAUUUAAUGAAUUUAAAUCAACAACAAAACGUGGACAGACAGAAUGGCCAGUAAUGUCAGCCUCAGUAUCAGCAUCGUCGUCAUCCUUAUCUUCUCAUCCUCAAAACAAUGAUAAUCAACCAGUAGUCGCACGAAGAACAAUAACAACAACAACAACUGCAAGAGGACAAGCAGAUGAAAGACGUCAACAACGAACAGAAAUAUAUAAACAAGCAAUUAAAUUAGCAAAAAUCAACGUUGACAAUGCUAUGGAUCUAAUUGAAAAAGAAAUGAUAGAUAAAUUCGUUGAACGUGGUAGUUGGUAUUUAACAAUAUUCAACUAUGUUCAUUUACGAGCACAACAUGAAGCAGAUCGACGAGGUAAUAUCGACAAGGAAUAUGUUUGGUCUAAAUCAUUUCCUAAUUGUACACCAAAACUUCGUCCUGAUGAAUACUUUUACAAACGACAACGGCGUCAACAGAAUGCUAUCACAACUGCAGAUGGUAAUCAAGUAUCAAAUAGCACUUCAUCCAUGAGUAGCACUGAAGAACGUAUAGGUGGACAAUACGAAUUCGAUGAAAUGAUUCAACAUUAUGAAGAGAAACAUUCAAAAUAA